AACCAAAUUUUUCUUGCAAACUAAUUUAGUAACAAUUUUCAGUUUCUCUAGAGGAGCUUUUCAAGACAAUAAACUUGCCAAUCUCGAUCGCCUUGAAUUUGCUAGAACUUCGACAGUGGCUCACUUGCAAGAAACCUUAAACAUUUAAGGGUAAACAAAAUUAAAUGGACAGGUACUAUAAAAUAAAUUCUUUCAAUAUCACCGAGAGUUUUGAUCGCUUUAAAGAUUAAUCGAAAACUAGGAUCAUAUUCUUAUGAAUAAUUAAUGGGGUACUUUAAAAGUAACCUUGCUUGGAUAGCAAAGGGUCUUUUCUGCCAUGCAUUGCUGGGGAGAUGUUCACGUACUGCUGUCAUACAUAUAUAACAUAAGGCCUACUUUGCAACUAGCUAAAGAGUCGUCAACAUAGUACCAAGAGAACAAACUAAUGAAUAUUACAGACGGGAGCGAAUGCACAUAAGCCUCCUUAAUUAACGGCUGAUAUGGAACAAUGAAGUAAACAACACCAUCUGCUCACUGUAAACCGCUGUUCACUGCUAAAUACGGCUGUUUCUUAUAAACAGUUUCGUACGGUUCAGACUAAUCGUGUUUGCAGAGGAACUCGCAGCCGUAGCGUAAAGUGGCUUGUCUUGGCGUCAUUGCAAAACGAUGGUUUCUAAUACCACGUAUUAUGCAAUCGGCAUUUGGAGUGGAUCCACUAACGUCGCGAGCCUGAUCUUCAAUGCAACGGCAACCAAAAUCCUUUACGACAUCGAGAGGACUUCGAAGACUCCAGUCACUCUCACGCUUCUGUUUCUUUGUAUUGACAAUAUUGUUCAAUGCAUUGCCCAUCAAAUAUUCGUAACGCCAGUUUGCUUCGGCAAGCAAUGGUUCUGGGGCGAUAACGCCUGCACUUUUUAUGCAUUCUUGACUUACUGGCUGGCGCUUACCUCUAUCUAUCACAUGGUACUGUUGUCAUGGCAACACUACACGAUUCUGACUUCGAAAUCGAUACAGGAAAGAAGAGCGGACUACUGUAGCAGAAUUAUGCCAAGUAUUCAUUGCGCACUGUUGUCGUUGUUCUGGUGCAUUCUCCCGCUGUUGGGCUGGUCUAGUUACGGCCUUGAGGGGCUUUACCUAAGCUGUUCACUGAAAUGGGAUGUACCAGACAUAUCACAUAUAACCUACAACAUUUCAGCAACUAUUACCUCGUUCUUCUUUCCCAUAGCUAUAAUGGCUGCUCUCUACAUCCGACUGUUCUUUUUCAUCAAACGGAACUCGCUAAAACCCGACUCUGCCACUAAAAGAAGCAAGCGUCACGCAGAAUACCUUCUAAUGAGGCUCGGAGUCAUCUUGACCGUUUCUUUCUUCUGCAUAUGGGCACCCUAUGCCAUUGUUUGCUUCGUUACAAUGGUCAAUCCAACAAUGAUGAGCCCGCUAACAAAAACGAUCCCCAGCCUCUUUGCCAAAGGAUCGACUCUUACCUUGCCAAUUGUAUUUUUAUUCAUUCACAAAGAGUACAAAAAGAGACUGAGGGAGACAUUCAGGUUCAAGUUUAGGGUAAAGGCAAGCGCAGUGCAACUUCCAAUGCUGAAUGACAUCAACAAAACCGAGCAGGGAACAGAGACAGAUGAGAGACUUCUUGUAAACGAGGCAAUGUCAGAGAAGACUUGACAAGUAAACGAGGCUCAACGAUUAUGAACAGGGGGUAGUUUAAGAUCCAAGGAUGACCCGCAUGUCUCCAGGCUCAUUCGCUGGGGGGUUUAUCCUGACUUAAAAUUUUUAUUUCAAGUUUAAUAACUACCACAGAACAGAUUCAAUAGAUGGUAAACCAAGGAAAAAUUUAACUGACACUUCUUAAAUUCAAUUAAAGAUAACACCGGUGCUGGUUUUUGGAGAUAACAAUAUUCUUCUUGAUGCAAACGGUUCUGAUAAAGAACAACCAGAAAGUUGAAGUGGUUCCUCCCCAGAAUUCACGUUUUCCCAGAACAGUUUUGCUAUCCUAACUUAAAGGACAUGUGUCGUGAACAUGAUUGGUUAAUGCAAUACAAUUAUCUCUUUUGUUUAGUACAAAGCAUGGAAUCGAGGGUGAAAUUUCACGGCAGAAAAAAUUAGUUGAGAAGAAAUGUAAAGUCACGAAAGAAUGGAAUUCCAUUCAAAACGCUUUUGUUUUUUUAGCCAACUGCUAAUGCGACAUAUGCCUUUAAUUAAGAAUAUAAUCGACUGGAACAUAGAAAUGCUGUAAAUAGCGUAAACAGGCCCCAAAGCUCACCAACAAACAGAAACAAUGUCAUAAUAGGCCUACGCCUACACAUGAAUCAAAACAAAUGGAGAGUAAGGCUAAACGAGCUGAUACAAGUGUUAAUAAUUUAUCUUGUUAUUUCAGAGGAACGGAGAGUGCGAGAAAAUACUGUUGUAUGCAGAUUUAUACAAGCUGUUUGUUUGCAUGUUCAGUAAUAGCUAUAUCGAAAGUGGUCAACCAUCACGUCCGACAGCAUGUCUUCUACUAAGGUUAUUUGACCUCAUUUUUGUUUACAUAAUUCAGUAAGCCUUUCGUAUUGCAAAAUUGCAUCGAAAAGCAAUAUAAAUUGCAAUAUAUCAUAAUAAAGCACUUUUUGUCCUAAACUCGUCAGAGUAUAAACGUCGGACAAUGUCCAAAGGUAAGCAGAAAUUCAUAUAUCCAGAUGUGGAUCGAAAGUCACGUGAGAGGAAGUAUAGCGCGUUUGGUCGUUUCUUUGUUUUUGACCAAUCACUGCCACUUACUUUUGGACAGUAUCCGAUAUUUAUAUUCCGAGGAAUAUUCGGCAAAAAGUAAUUUAGUAUGAUAUGUUUUCGCUCGUCCGUGCUUUUAGCAUAAUUACAAAUUUACUAAAGUGCUAAAGACAGGUGGGCUGCAGCCCCUUCCUCCCCCCCCCCUGCCCAUUUUUUGUGUCUGUCAUGGCAAAGCACAGUAGUCGCAGAAGCCUUUGCAUCUCUGAUAGAAAAAUAUUAAGGCUUAAUAUCUUUUUAGAUUAGUCAAUUAAUAUUCUAAUCUUAAUAAUGUAACGAUAUCAAGCAAUGAUACUUGACAAAUGUAUCUCUUAGAGUUUUAUAUGCAUCAUGUAUUCACUUGAAAACUUGCUCUUUGUGUAAUUGCGAAAUCUAUUGCUUUGCUUCUCUGUACCGGACAUUCGAAGCACCAGGUGUGCAAAAAGGAUUAAAUUCGGGUACAAAUUCGCAAAACUGUUAAAUAAAUUCACCCAUCCA